GUGAGAAUCACGUAGCUGCUCCCUGUGCAUUCUGGGAUUGCUGCCUGUAGGAAGGAUGGCGAGGAGCUCGGGCCCGUUGUCUGUACUGCUGCUCUGCGGGCUUCUUGCCGGUAUCCUGAGCGGGGCCUCAGCGGACGGUAAUGGGCUGCCGAGCAAGAAGCUAAAGAUGCAGUAUACCGUCGGGCCGCUGCUCAAGUUCCAGAUCUGUGUUUCCUGAGGUUAUCGUCGGGUGUUUGAGGACUACAUGCAGGUUAUCAGCCAGCGGUACCCAGACAUCCGUAUAGAGGGAGAGAACUUUCUUCCUCAUCCCAUUUAUAGGAACAUUGCAUCUUUCUUGUCAGUCUUCAAGCUAGUAUUAAUAGGAUUAAUCAUUGCUGGUAAGGAUCCAUUUGCGUUGUUCGGCAUGCAAGCUCCGAGUGUCUGGCAGUGGGGACAGGAAAAUAAGGUGUAUGCUUGUAUGAUGGUUUUCUUUGUGAGCAACAUGAUUGAAAACCAGUGCAUGUCCACAGGAGCCUUUGAGAUCACUCUGAAUGAUGUACCCGUGUGGUCGAAGCUGGAGUCCGGGCACCUCCCAUCAGUGCAGCAACUUGUGCAAAUAAUUGAUAAUGAAAUGAAGUUAAAUGUUCACAUGGAUGCAGUUCCUCACCACCACCACCGCUCAUAGCCACAUUUCCCAGCACCACGUUUAUCUUACACGAAUCGGGCUUUUGCAAUGGUGCGGCGGGGCAGGUAUUCAUGAAGGCUUGCACUCAAAACAUUUGCUGUUAGUGUAGGCUGGAGGCCUCUCUGCUGUCUCGCUGCACCUUUUCAAGUUCCCAGUGCAACAUAAUCCUGGUGCUGUUGUGUCCAUUCUUCACAGAGAAAGAAGAAUCUUUUAUUUAAAGCCAUUGUUUCUCCACAGUUCCUAUAAUGCUGGCAUUACAACAUUUUCUUUUCUAAUCCUCAUUUACAGUGUUGCAAUAGCUCAAGUCUAAUUUUCCUCCUGAGACGUUUGUCUAAUUUUUAUAAGAAUUUCUUCUUUUUAUAGUUCUGAAAUGCUGUUGGUACAAAUCUCUCCAGUAAUCCUUUGACGGUUUCCACUUUAUUUCCUUAAAAGAUUAUAUUGCAGAUUAUGAAAAUAAAUUAUUCUAAAUUAUGAGCAGGCACGUCGGCCGAUAAUGGCAUUUAACUGGUGGAUUCUCACUGAAACGCAUUCUAGAGUUUUUAACUGAGCCUUUAUAUACUGGUCCUCUUUGCAGAAAAUGCAGAUUAAGUUAAAGGGGAACUCCACACAAACAUAAGCUUUUUCAAACGUAAACAUAAUUUCAAGCAACUUUGCAAUAUACGUCAGUUAAAAAAAUAUGCAGACUUUUACUGAUUUUUAAUGGUUUCUGACAGUUCCCUAAGCCUAGCCCCCUGCUCUCCUGCUGAUCUUUCUGACUACUUUGCUGAGCUGGCUGACUACUGUUACUUUGUAUCAACAGCCAGCUGUCCUCAGCCUGCAUCCUCCAAACCUCACAAUUCCCUGCACACGUGAUUUCAAUAAGGAACAGAACAUCACAGUGCAAUGCAUUGUGGGUUAUGUAGUUCCUGCAUGCUGUCUGUAAGCUGUGGAGAAGUUGUUACAAUUUGUAACAUCAGUGUUUAGUCCCUCAUUCCCUGCCAGGAUUUCAAAUGAUGCAGAAAGAGAAGAACUGUUAAACAGCUGGAUUUCAGCAUAGAAAAUGGCAUUUGCUCAUACUUUUUAACAAAACAGUUAACUGUGGUGGGUAUAUUAGGGUUUUCUGUGUUAUGUAGGCCUCUUUAUCAAAUUUUGGUUUGGAAGCCGGAGUUCCCCUUUAAAUAAACUGAUCAUGAAAUAAAACUUCACUAUAAA